AGUAGCGGGGACCAAGUAUCCCUGUGCGUCGUCAACCUGUGCUUUGUGGCCUUGGCGGGACAGAUUCUCAAGUGUUUUAUCCUUCCGGUUGGUCAAGAGAGUGGCGCACUGUACCAUGAGCGUUCCAGUGUGGGGCCUCGCGAAGGGGACUUCGGUCUUCAAGGCUAACACGAGAGUCAUGAAGAAGCUCAUGCCCACAAUCAAGGAGGUCAAGUGCAUCAUGAACCCCCUCGACGGCGGGCACAGCACGGCCGCGAAGGAUGUACUACGAAGACUCCAAUCCAAUGUGCUGACGAGCGCAAGCCCGGACACAAAGAUCGUGGGAGUAUAUAAGUACGAGGCGUGCUGGCCAAUGGUGGAAGCGACUUACGCGGACGGUACGGUGAGAAAGUGGUGGGCGCACGUUCUCCCCGCGCAGACUCUCAUGUCAGAAGUUUUUAUGUACGCGCAAAUGGCGUACAACAACCCGGACAACCCAGCGAACAAGGGCAAGUAGUUUGGCUUUUUUUUUUUGUUUUUUCCCGUUGUGGAUGUAGAAGAUAAUAGCACCUGAAGAGUGCCGUAUUUUGCAGGGGGCAGGGGCUUGUUGGAAUGAUUGUUGGUCGGGUUGUUUGGCCCUUUGUGCCGUGCUUGUGUGGUCCGGGUGUUUUCCUAUGCUUCUCUAAGAGAGUCAUUUGUGUUAGCUCCCCUGUAAGUGUUUUCUCGUGGGACUGCUGUGUGCGGCGCAACAGCUUGGUCAGUGCGGUUGCGACCCUUGCCUCUGGCGUGUGCAUACAUGUGACGAACCAGCGUUGACCGUGGGAUGUGUUGAAACUGCCGAAUAAUUCAGACGGCAUCCACGCUCUGGGAAAACGUUUCGUCCGCGAUGGGAGAAUCUUGUGCUGCAUUCUUGUUUUUCCAUAGGCAGCCUUUGGGAUCAUGUUUUGAUUCUAGUUUUCUUGAGCUAGGUACGGUUUUUGUGUGGUUAUUCCAUGCGUUUCAUGGUGUUUGAUUUGACGAAAUACGUACGGGGUACAGUAGGCAUGUGGCAACGUUGAAGACUCUAGAACAGAUAUCAGACAAAACAAGCUUGCGCUUGGAACGGAUCAUGUGGUGUGGUCUCUUUUGCGUGGCUGAUGUAUUUCGUCCUGAGCAACGGGCACCAAUACCCAACGCUCAGGUACCACGACAUCACACAAGCUCCAAUAAAAUUGUACCAUUAUGGUUCCAUAUACGACAUGCUCGUGGGGUGCGGGGCACGCCCAGGGUCUCUAAGU